CGCUCUGCUGUUGUAUAUUCCCACUCAGCCACUCUUGAGCUUUUGGCAAUGGCAGAACCUCUAUGAUGCUUUGCUACCAGGUCAUCCAACCAAUAAAAAUCAUCAAGAAACACAGAGAGAGAGGCAGAAAUGGGGACGAGAGCAAGACUGCCAAGCCUCAUUCGGAGCCUCCUAAAGGAAGCCCAGCCAAAACCCACAUGCCAACAAUCGCUGCCUUCGCUUAGACGCGCCUUCUCUCUCUACGAUCAGAUCAAUCUCAUUGACAACGUCCCUAAUGACCAGCUUCGAUUUCAACGGUACACGGACUCAGGGUUCACAGUGAAUGGGGUGGACUAUGAAGGAAGCUUGCUUUGUGUUGGAAACAUGUUGAUGUCUUGGGCUCCCAAGAAAUUCUCUGAAAUCACUCCUGAUAGCCUGUCCAUCUUCCAAACUGUGCGACCUGUGCCAGAGAUUUUGAUUCUUGGCUGUGGGAGGUACAUUGAACCCGUAAGUCCUGAACUACAACGCUUCAUCCGGUCUACUGGAAUGAAAUUAGAAGCCAUUGACUCGAAAAAUGCUGUAUCAACCUACAAUAUACUCAAUGAGGAAGGGAGGAUUGUGGCUGCUGCGCUUUUACCGUAUGGGAUUUCGUCAUGAUUGUUGGACUUACAGCAGGAUGCUUGCUAACUGCAUCCUUUUAAUGACUAUCGAUCUCCUGACCACAAGGUGCAUUCAGCCUCAAGUAAAUGCCUCCAUUGAUUUGGACGCAGCGUGUAGUGUAAUUAAGUUGUCUGUGAAGCGUUUUUCUACUUUUCUUCUUAAAUUUAUCAAGAAGUUGUAACAAAUUUUGAAGAGCCAACUUUGAUGCUACUUUCGGAGUUAUUUUUCCUUCAAGGCGUAUAUAUAUGCAUUGUAUCCCUCAUCA